AUGGCUCAGGUACAUGUCAAAACCAUCGCCGACGACCCAAAGUACGCUGGGGUGCUGCCAGCGGAUUUUCUUCAUGGCUACGCGUCGGCGGCCUACCAGGUCGAAGGCGGUGCUUCUGAUGGUGGUCGAGGACCUGCAUCUGGGACAUUGCCCUCAAGGACUACCCGGAUGACGGUGAAGAGGCUUGUAGAUCAUACUACUUGUGGAGGGAAGAUGUCAAGCUGCUUCAACAGGACAAGGCUCGAUCGUAUCGUUUCUCCAUUUCGUGGUCACGCAUUGAGCCCCUGGCACUCACCGGUACGAAAUCAUCUAGGAGGUAAAAGCGACCCGGUUAAUGAAGAAGGGAUCAGAUAUUAUGAUAACCUGAUCAAUGCGUUGUUGGAUGCGAACAUUGAACCUACAAUAACACUGCUCCAUUACGACAUCCCGCAAGCACUACAGGACCGCUACAGAGGCUUUGCUGCCGCUGAUCCCAGUCAAUUGGUGGAGGAUUUUGUCGAAUAUGUUCGCAUCUGCUUCGAACGAUUUGGUGAUCGUGUGAAGCGCUGGCUGACUAUCAACGAAGUACAUUUACUCCCCUCUCAUUUCCUUUGCCAAUGGGGAUACUCUCCUUUAGUCGGACACAACUCUAUACUUACUCAUGCCUACGCCGUGGAUCUCUACCGCAGCAAAUUCCAACCAACACAAGCUGGAGUCAUUGGCAUUGCUCUAAACAAUGAGUGGGUAGAGCCCAUCGACGAUUCUCCAAACGCCAUUGCUGCUGCCAAGCUGCCGGUGGCAAGAACAUUAGGCUGGUUUGCCGAUCCUAUAUUCAAGGGAACUCAAACGGUUGGCUGGGAAGCCUGGGGUGAAUUGUUCCCGCGCUUCUCAGACGAAGAGAUGAAACUAGUCCAGGGCUCUGCGGAUUUUUUCUUAAUUAACCACUAUGGCACCAUGUAUGCGACCGGCAAGCCGUACACAGAAGCGGACUCCAUCGGGUGGCAGACCCUGGAUGAGGUGAACAAGACUUGGGUCAAGGACGGCAAGUUGAUCGGCAAGCAUGGAGAGAAUGGCCACCCGCAUAGCGAUCUCGACAUGCCAAUCUAUGUAUACGAGAACGGAUUUCCGGUUGAACACGAGGCAGAUAAGACCUUGGAGGAAAUCAUCGAUGACAGGGACCGCCAGCAAUUCUAUUCCGAUUAUAACCAAGGCUUGUGCGACGCGGUCAUCAACCACGGCGCCAAAAUACAAGGCUACCACGGCUGGAGUCUGCUGGAGUGA